CAAUCAUCCUCCUCCUCCUCCUCCUCCUCUUCGCUUCUUCCUCUGUACACAAAUCUUCAUUAUUCAGUAGAGAUCCACCCUCCUAAGAAGAAAAUUCUUUUACUCAUGGUAAAAUUCCAAUUCUGAAUGAGGGGUUUGGCCUUCCUGAAUUUUAGACCCCUAAGCGACAAAAUAAUCAAAGGAACCAUAUCCAUGAUUGUCACCCCCGAAACGUAACGAAGAUUGCUAACCGAUGAUUUGAAAUAAUGUCACUAUGGAAUCUAUCGAUACCGUCGACAUAAGUCCGGACUUGGAAUUAGACGAUUCGCUGAUCGAUGUAGCCACAAAAAGAUUUUCGGGAGCCUUGAAAGAACUGCACACCGUCGCCUGUCAAAAUUUAAUUACUUCGACUCGGGAAUGUAUUGCCAGACAGUUAUCUAAUUACUGCGAAGAUAGAAUCCUUAAAGAAAAACAAGGGAACGAUGAUACUUGCGAGAAUGACGAUGCAGAAGAAUAUUCGGACAGUCUUUCUGUCGGUUCUGACACAAAGAAGAGAUGCCAGUCGCUAGUUUGCAAACACGAAGGAUGCGGGAGAAAGUUUACUUGGCCGGCGCACUAUAAAUAUCACCAGCUCACGCACACGGACGAGCGCCCAUACAAGUGCAUCGUAGACGGAUGCAACAGGGAUUUCUUCACGGCUCAGCGUCUAGCGGUUCACAUGAGGAUCCACACUGGCGAGCGUCCCUUUGUGUGUCGGGAGGAGGGAUGCGGAAAGAGUUUUACCACUGCCGGAAAUCUUCGCAAUCACAAUAGGAUUCACUCGGGCGAAAAGCCAUUCGUGUGUCUGGAAAUCGGUUGCAAUAAAAAAUUUGCAGAAGCUUCUAGUCUCAAGAAACACAAAUUUGUUCAUUCUGGAAAGAAACCGUUCAUUUGCGAUAUCUGUGGUAAAACGUUUUCUCAGAGUGGCAGCAGGAACGUGCACAGGCGACGUCACCAGAAUAGUCUGGCACCGGUAGAUGGGAUAGACGAACAUUCAAAGUGUAAUAACGAAAUCGAAUUUGCAGAUGCUACUCUUUCACAGAAUCUGUUCGAAUUGAACGAACACGACAAAAUUGUUACGAAUCACAUUUUCAAUACUGAAGAUGCGAGUUCAAAUAACAUGUUAGGUCCGGCCGAAGAAAUUUUAUUAUUUUCAGGUAACCGAGAGAUUGUCACGAUUACAAACUGUCACCAGUCUAGGGAAGAUGAUUUCGUUCAGUCAUCGGAAAUGUAAGAUUUUGUUUGAACGAAUUUAAUUUGUACAUUAAGUAUUUGUGUAAUUUGUAAAAAUGAUCAUUAAAAAUUUUUUAUAAAAUA